CCGACUUUUAGGUAUUUAACUAUUAGUCACUAAUUAAAGGUGUUGUUGUUUCUGUUGUGUUUUGAUUUUUUUGUCCUUUGUAGUAGCAGUCCCUGGGUCCCACUUUUCCUGCAUAAUGACUUAAUGAAUAGUAAAAUCAUUACUCCAUUAGAUACUUACAAUAAAUAUAUAUUAUAUAGAUAAAUUGUUAAGCAGAAUGAUAUUAACUAGAAGUCUGAGACUAUGGCUGUCUAAAUCAUUUAGACCAAAUCGGUUAUCAUUCUCAACCUUUAUUAAUCGUAGUCUUAGUCAAUAUCCUCGAAGAACAAGAGUUACCAGUGAAAUAUCGGAAGAUGAAGUCAAGAGAUAUAAUCAAAGCAAUGGUGCAGGUGCAGGUAGAGGAUUUUAUUACCAUGAACGACCUUCAACAGAUACAAAUGCUUAUCGAGAUGAACCUUCCCUGUUUCAUACAAUCUUUAAUAUACCACCUAAUGAAAAUGGUUUAAUUACUUCUGAAGAUGGGAUUUAUGAUUUAUUAAAAGAACCAACAUUAGUUAUUGAAAGACAAAUUGAAUUCAUGAAUGUUAUUUUAGGAUUUGAACAAGCUAAUCGUUAUAAAAUAUUUAAUGCUCAUGGACAACAAAUUGGAUAUAUGGAAGAAAAGGAUAUUGGAUUAUUAAAAGUACUUGGAAGACAAUUCUUUAGACUUCAUCGACCAUUUGAUAUUGAUGUAUUUAAUAUGUAUGGAGAUUUAUUAUUAACUAUAAAGAGACCAUUUUCAUUUAUAAAUUCUCAUAUUAAAGCAUUCUUACCAGGUUAUGAUGAAAAUAAUAAUUUAAUGUUUGAAACAAUUGGUGAAUCAGUUCAAAGUUGGCAUCUUUGGAGAAGAAGAUAUAAUUUAUUUAAAUUAGAGGAUGAUAAUACUGAAAGGUAUGAUCAAUUUGGUGAAAUAGAUGCCCCAUUUUUAUCUUUUGAUUUCCCCGUUCGAAAUAAUGUUGGUGAUGUAAUUGCAUCGGUUGAUAGAAAUUGGGUAGGUUUAGGUAGAGAAAUGUUUACUGAUACUGGAGUAUAUAUAAUAAGAAUGGAUCCUGCUAGUUUUGCAGGAAUGGGAGAUUUAUAUCCAUCAGUUUCUGGACCUUUAACAUUAGAUCAAAGAGCUAUCUUAUUAGGAAAUGCCAUAAGUAUUGAUUUCGAUUAUUUCUCAAGGCAUAGUGGUCAUGGACCAGGUGUAGGAUUAUUUUCUUUUGGUUCAGGAGAAUAACUGUAUAU